AUGAAGCGCACUAAAGUAUCUAUCACAAGGGAAAAACGUACCCGAGAUUAUGCUCCGGAGGGGACCAUUUCAUUUGGAAACGAGGACGCCGAGGGCAUCGUACAACCUCACAAUGAUGCACUGGUAAUAUCCGUACUUAUUAAUAGUUCUCGAGUUAAACAUGUUGUUAUUGAUCCAGGAAGCUCGGCCAACAUCAUCAGAUCAAGGUUCAUAGAGCAAUUGGGGCUACAGGAUCAAAUAGUGCCACCAGUCCGGGUAUUGAACGGAUUUAACAUAGCAUGCAAAACCACUAAAGGGGAGAUAACCCUACCAGUGAACACCGCCGGCACGAUCCAAGAAACAAAAUUCUAUGCGAUCGAAGGGGACAUGAGAUACAAUGCUCAAUCCGGAAGGGCAUGGGUUCACAACAUGAGGGCGAUACAUUCCACCUCACACGAGGCACUAAAGUUCCCUACGCCGGGGGGAAUCAAGAUGAUCUACGGAGAAUAG